GACAGGGUUAGAUGGAGGCACAUGAUUCGCUGUGGCGACCCCUGAAAGGGAGCAGCUGAAAGGAGAAGAAGAAGAAGAAGAUAUCUGCAGAACUGCAACUCCAUCUGAAGUCUGAACUGAACUCUAAACACACAUUAAGAGCCUUUGUAGCUUUUGUGGAUACAUUUUAGUUUAUACAUGUCAAUCACUGAAUCUGUCGAUCAAUGAACCCAUAUGGGCCUCGGCAAUAAAAUGGGACUGGCUUGCAGGUUCGCAGUUUUCCCGCGGAAUGGGGCCGCAGGUGGAAUAUUUUGUCCGCUUGCUGGUUAGACCUAUUUUGCAUGCAAAUUACAUACAAAUAACUUCAAAUAAAAAUCCAUAUUUUAAAUUAAAUGAUUUAUUUAUACCCAAAUCCCACCAAACUGACUCCAGACCAGCACACAUGGACACGUCACACACACACACGAUGUGCCUCAUGCAACUAGCGAGCUAGCUAGCAACCCCAGGCAGAAACAUGACGUAAGUAUAUGAGUAAAGUACAGUGAAGCCACACGAUGACGUGUUUCAGUUCAAAUAAAGCAAACACAUACGAAACAGGCAGGGAGGAAGAGGGAAGAAAGCAGCAGGUUAGUUUGUGCGUCAGUGAAUUGGUCUACACGUUUACAGAGUUAUAUUUUAUUUAUGAUAAUAUACUGUAACUAAUUACACAAGGCCAUUUUAGGACCUAGAUGAAAACUGCUUUUAACACUAAACGUUUAUGGUGUUACUUUGUAGAUGUUACAAUAUAUUUGGAAAUGAUAGCAAUGCUGUUUAUUUAUACAGCGCCAGUUCAUAACAGAAGUUAUGUCAUUGCGCUUUUCCUAUGGAGCAGGUCUGGACCGGACCCUAGGCUGGUUUUGAUUGGCCUUCGGGCUGGUUUUGUCACACAGACGUGGCAACCCUGCUGGGAUUCUUCUGUCCAGAAAAUAUAUGAGGCUGCAGCCGACACACAUGAAGAUGACAAAUGUUGUGUGCAACAUGUGAACUUGUUUUUCAUUGGCCAGUCAGCAAAGCAGGGGAGUAAAUGCUACGUUUAGGCUGCUUGUGAGAUUCUUUUAAAUCUCACCUGAGACCAGUGAAGCAGGUGUCAAGGUAAAGCUCAGCAAAUACAAAAAGUACUUUUUCAUAAUGAUGCCUUUGAACUAUUUGUUUUUAUUUUGGGGUAAACAUUGAGAAGUAAAUGUCUCGUAAUUUGCAAACUGUAGUUGUUUUGACACUUAAACAAGAAUGGCCGUUAAUUCAACUUCAUCUUAUUUCAUUCUUGAAGCUUUUGUGCAUGUAGGAAAUCUGAGAUACUUCUAUUUCAUGUUGACUGCACUGUUGUACGUCUUAAUAGUGUUUGCCAACACCUCUCUCAUCGUGAUUAUCUGUAUGAACAGAAGCUUACAUGAACCUAUGUACAUUUUUCUGUGCAGCCUGUUUGUGAAUGAGCUGUAUGGUAGUACAGGGUUGUUUCCUUUCCUUCUGGUUCAGAUUCUCUCUGACGUUCACACUGUUUCUGCUCCAUUUUGUUACCUGCAGAUUUUCUGCUUGUAUACAUAUGCUAAUGUGGAGUUGUAUAAUUUAGCCGUCAUGUCUUAUGACAGAUACCUUGCCAUCUGUUGUCCUCUGCAAUAUAACACAUAUAUGACAAUGAACAAGGUGUUUAUCUUCAUUAUAGUGAUAUGGUUGUACUGUGUUGUAAGAUGUGUGAUCAAUAUGUCCUUAAACAUCCGUUUGACACUGUGUGGAAACAUCAUGAACAGUUUGUAUUGUCAUAACUACCUUAUUGUAAAACUGGCGUGUUCUGACACCAAAGUGAAUAACAUUUAUGGACUUUUUGCUACUACCGUCUCCCUCUUAGUCCCUCUGCUUCCAAUCCUUUUCUCUUACACAAAAAUCCUUAAAAUUUGUUUGUCUGGCUCCAAACAGACCAGACAAAAAGCUGUCAGUACCUGCACACCUCACCUUGUGUCUCUGCUGAAUUUUGCCUUUGGGGCUUUCUUUGAAAUACUGCAGACCAGACUUGAUAUGACCGAUGUUCCCAAUGUGUUACGAAUCAUUUUCUCAUUAUAUUUUACAAUACUGCAACCACUUUUGAAUCCUAUCAUGUAUGGAAUGCAAAUGUCAAAAAUACGAAAAACAUAUAAAUAUGCUUUCUGUCGCUUUCUGGUCACCGGUCACAGAGAUCCGCUGUAGUUUUAGGACAAGUAUCAGUAGAGAUUUUCUUUAAAUAAAACAUGCAGAAUCCAGAGUGGUUUGUUGCAAUAACUGGUAAUUAAUUUAAACAAAAUAUGGAAAGUUAAUAGUUCAGACAGUAUUUGGUGGGAAAUAACUAAACUAACAUCAAAUACACUGUGAAACUUUGUGAAAACUUUAAGUUAGUGAAACAUGCGACACCCUCUGUCCUUAGACCCUCGAUCCAGACAAGUAAAAACACUAAAAAAGAAACUAUUUUAAACAGGGUAGAAACCUCGGGAAGGUUCUGAGGCAUGGCAAUAGGUGUCAUCUUCACAGAGUAGACAGACUCCAUGCAAUGUGGAGAAACACAAUGACUAUAUUUAGUACAAACAUAUAAUAGUGAGUAAAUAUUUAGGGUAAUAAGCUGCAGAGUGCAAAAGUGCAUUGAAAGUUUUUCAGCAGAAUUAUCUGUUGACUGUAUGGACGUAACUUGUUAUCCACCCACUGAAAGUGAAUUUCAUUAUUACGAGAAUUAUAUAUGAGUUCAUAUUUGAAAGAUGCUCAGAUUACAUAAAAGUAGCCUGAAGGUUAAAGGCCUGGUUUGUGUUGUGGCAAUGAACUUCAGUCUUUCUAAGAGAUUUCACUGGACCAAACCUUGCACAACAAAAUACAUAAGAAAAUAGAUCUUUUCUACAACACAAGUACAGUCGAAGGACACUCUAUUGCUGCAGUUUCAAUAUUUCUACUAUAUUUCAUCAACUUCAUAUUAAAAAAAAAACAAAUUCAA